AUGGCGAACGACAAGGAGAUACGGGUCGACGAGAUCAAGAAGCAUAACUCGGAUCAGGAUUGCUGGCUGGUGGUCAACGAUAAUGUCUGGAAUUUGACAGAAUUUGCGCCGCAGCAUCCAGGCGGGGCAGCAAUCAUCUACAAAUACGCAGGCCGUGAUGCAUCUGAGGCAUACAACUCCAUUCACGCCCCAUCACUAUUAUCAACCAAUCUCCGUCGAGAGGACAAUAAAGGGAAGUUCAAUACCGCAGAUGCGGCGGCCUCUGACCCAGAAUGGCUCAAACCGCCGCCCACAGAGACGCGCGCCAUUGAAGUCGGGGCUAAACCUCCCCUUCAGACCUUGAUCAAUAGCUACGAUUUCGAGGGGGUGGCUUCCAGAACUGUGACAGCAAAGACAUGGGCGUUCUAUUCUUCGGCGGCGACAGAUCUUAUUACCAGGGACGCAAACAAGUCCAUGUUUGAUAGGAUUUGGUUCCGACCGCGGCUUAUGAGGGAUGUAAAGCAUGCUAGCACCAAGACGAAGAUCCUUGGGUGCGAAGUCGAUUUACCGUUCUUCGUUAGUCCUGCUGCAAUGGCGAAGUUAGUGCAUCCCGAUGGGGAAAAGGCGUUAGCAGCCGGUUGCGCAACAAAAGGCGUGGCGCAAUGUAUCUCUAGCAACGCAUCAUUUCCCGUUGGCGAGAUAACUAGCACGCAACCAAACCACCCCUUUUUCUUCCAGCUUUAUGUCAACAAAGACCGUGCCGCCUCCGAGAAGCUCCUCGCCGAAGUUGAGGCAGCCGGAGUCAAAGCUAUAAUGGUUACAGUAGACGCCCCCGUCCCUGGCAAACGCGAGGCCGAUGAGCGAGUAAAAGCAGAUGCCGCAGCUCUGCAACGAGUACCUAAUAGUGGCGCAACUGCACGAAACGAUAAUAAGGGGGGUGGAUUGGGACGGACUAUGGGCGGCUACAUCGACCCGACUUUGAGCUGGAAGGAUGUGAAGUGGCUACGGAGGUCGACGAAACUGCCCAUCGUAUUGAAAGGGGUACAGUCGGCAUCAGAUGUGAAACUGGCGAUGGAUUAUGGCCUUGAUGGCGUCGUUCUGAGUAACCAUGGAGGUCGGAAUCUAGAUACAUCACCACCAUCUAUUCUCACUCUCCUGGAGCUUAACCGCCUCUGUCCUGAAGUAUUCUCCCGCAUGGAGAUCUUCGUCGACAGUGGGAUUCGGCGUGGUACCGAUAUCCUGAAGUGCCUUUGCUUGGGUGCAAAGGCUGUUGGUAUGGGAAGACCCUUCCUCUACGCUGUUAAUUACGGCGCGGAAGGUGUGGAACAUUUCAUUGAGAUUAUGAGAGAUGAGCUUGAGACCUCAAUGCGCCUGGUUGGCAUUAACAGUCUGGAGGAGGCCCAUCCUGGCCUCGUGAAUACCUUGGAUCUGGAUCGAUUUGUGCCUUCCACCAUGGGCGAUGAUGAUAUGAAGUCGGUGCGGGAGAAGUCCAAGCUAUAA